CUCCUGGCGGCUGACGUCACGACGCGGGCGUCAGCGGACUGCACGGCCACCGCCGCUCCUGCUGCCGCGACUCAGCUGGGCCACAGUUGCUGUCGCCGCCGCCGCCAUGGCUCAGUACAAGGGCGCCGCGAGUGAGGCAGGCCGCGCCAUGCACCUGAUGAAGAAACGGGAGAAGCAGCGCGAGCAGAUGGAGCAGAUGAAGCAGCGGAUCGCGGAGGAGAACAUAAUGAAAUCCAACAUUGAUAAGAAGUUCUCUGCACACUAUGAUGCCGUGGAGGCCGAGCUCAAGUCCAGCACCGUGGGUCUCGUGACCCUGAAUGACAUGAAGGCCAAGCAGGAGGCGCUGGUGAAGGAACGGGAGAAGCAGCUGGCCAAGAAGGAGCAGUCCAAGGAGCUGCAGCUGAAGCUGGAGAAACUUCGAGAGAAGGAGCGUAAGAAGGAGGCAAAGCGAAAGAUCUCUAGCCUGUCCUUCACCCUGGAGGGGGAAGAAGAGGGAGGCGAGGAGGAGGAGGAGGUAGCCAUGUAUGAGGAGGAGCUGGAAAAGGAAGAGAUCACCACAAAGAAGAGGAAAUUGGGGAAGAACCCAGAUGUGGACACAAGCUUUUUGCCUGACCGAGACCGGGAGGAGGAGGAGAAUCGGCUCCGGGAAGAGCUGCGGCAGGAGUGGGAAGCCAAGCAGGAGAAGAUCAAAAGUGAGGAGAUUGAAAUCACCUUCAGCUACUGGGAUGGCUCUGGGCACCGGCGGACCGUCAAGAUGAAAAAGGGCAACACGAUGCAGCAGUUCCUGCAGAAAGCACUUGAGAUCCUUCGUAAAGACUUCAGUGAGCUCAGGUCAGCAGGGGUGGAGCAGCUCAUGUAUAUCAAGGAGGAUUUGAUCAUCCCCCAUCAUCACAGCUUCUAUGACUUCAUCGUCACCAAGGCGAGAGGGAAGAGUGGACCACUCUUUAACUUCGAUGUGCAUGAUGACGUGCGGCUGCUCAGUGACGCCACUGUAGAGAAGGAUGAGUCCCACGCAGGCAAGGUGGUGCUGAGGAGCUGGUAUGAGAAGAAUAAGCACAUCUUCCCUGCUAGCCGCUGGGAGCCCUAUGACCCUGAGAAGAAGUGGGACAAGUAUACGAUCCGCUGAGCAUCCGGGACCCAGCGCAGCCUCGGCUCUUCGGCUCUCCCAGCACAGCCUGUGGUGUCUCUGGGACCCCAGGUGCCCACUGCCCUCCGCCCAGGUUGGGCACGCUGGGAGGACAGGAGCUGCCCAGCCCCCGCCCCAGCACUGUCAUUGACCACUUUUUUCUUUUACAAUAAAGAAAGGCACAUGUCAGAGCUGGAGCACCA